GUGUCCGGCUCGAGCGACUCCCCGACGCGUAGUCGUUGUGUGGCAGAGGUACGCCCUUUGACCGCUGAAGGAGUGCCGUUACAAACGGUGACACCGAUGAUUACGAAUGGUGAGGCGAGACAUGUGAGCAAUUCGGCGACAGUCGCAUCUUCACCACCACAGAAACGUCGACGAAUAAACGCACCGAAAAUUGAGCGACAACCACAUGCGGAACUUUUGUUGCCAGAAACGCGACAACUGCAAAAAGAUCGGAGACAAGAGUGUGCACAACGAAUUGUUGAUUGGUGUGUGAGGCACAGUGAAUGGGCAAACGUAAAACGUGCGCCGUUGGUAUCCGAUGAAUUGCUGUCGAUUGUCAUCAACGAAGUCAAACGAAAACAUCGACCGAAAGCACGAAAUGCAACUGCCCAUCCAGAAAAAGGAAAAAUGCCGAUUGUUGAGUUGAACGCGUUCGAAUGCAGUGACGAGCUCGACUGGAUUCGUGAUCGAUUGCGACAAGUCGUGGAGGAUAUGGUUGAGAGGUUCACAGUGUACGUUCACGGUGCCAUUGCAAAUGCACCGAGCCUUCAGCCAACCUCAUCGGGUCGUUUUGCGUAUCGUAAGCAGUUGGAUGAGGACGUUAACAUGGCGUGUCGUCACUUGUUUGAAUCGUACAAUGAUCCUUUGGUGUUCCAGUGCAGAACGAUGCAAACGUUACAAUUCCCUGAACUGAGGCUUAUCGAAUAUGAUUGUGGGAAACUGCAAGUGUUGAGUGCACUUUUGCGAGAUUUAUUCAUCUAUAAGCAUCGUUGUCUGAUAUUCACACAAAUGUCUCGAAUGUUAGACGUUCUGCAAGCGUUUCUAUCAUUUCAUGGAUAUCAAUAUUUCCGUCUUGACGGUACUACGGGCAUUGAACAACGACAGGCAAUGAUGGAACGUUUCAAUAGUGAUCCGAAAAUAUUCUGUUUCAUUCUGUCGACUCGUUCUGGUGGAAUUGGUGUGAAUCUGACUGGUGCAGACACGGUGAUCUUCUAUGAUUCCGACUGGAAUCCAACUAUGGAUGCUCAAGCGCAGGAUCGAUGCCAUCGGGUACGUGCUGAUUAUUGGUUAAGUGCUAUUUAUGCGCUGAAUGCAUUACCUCAGAUUGGUCAAACGCGAAAUGUAACAAUUUAUCGGUUGAUAAGCGAACGAACAAUCGAGGAGAAUAUCUUGAAGAAAGCAAUGCAAAAACGUAGACUUGGUGAAUUGGCGAUUGACGAGGCUGGCUUCACACCGGAAUUCUUUAAAGGCGACAAUCUGAGGGAGUUAUUCCAAGGAGAGGCUGCUGUCGCCGAUGUGGUUGCACCGGUCAGCGUUAAUGAUCCUGCCGAACUGGAAAAGGUAAUGGCCAGACUCGAAGAUGUACAAGACGUGGCAGCAGCAAAUCGUGCGAAUGCUGAAGCAAAAGCUGAACUUGCCGAAUUCGAUGAGAAUGUUCAACCGAAAGAAGAUAAUGUCAGCAAUUCGAAUGCGCUCGAUGGAACCGAUUCGAAGUAUUUCGAACUUUUGAAUCAGUUGAAACCUAUCGAGAGGUACGCUAUAAACUUCUUGGAGGCUGAGUAUAAGCCAGAUUUUGAGGAAGAAGUCAAAGAGGCUGAGGCGAUGAUUGCGUCAAAGAAAGACGAAUGGCUGAAGGCGCAUGAGACAGUGCUUGAAGGUGGUGACGGUGAUGAGCUGAAUGAUGAUGACGAUGAAUUUGAUGUGACUUACGCGAAUGGAUUCAAAAUACCAGGUUCAAUUGAUGAGGUACGCAAUAAGCGUGGCGCUAAGUCCACAAACAUUCAUGCAUCCUCCUCAGCCAGCAACAUCUCCUCUAAAGUCUCUCCUCCUCAAGCCCACAAACAACGUCUCAUCCCAAGUCGUUUCUCUUCUCGUAUCUCUGCCGCUAGUGCGUUAUCAUCUAAGAACAACACCACCGUAUCACAGUCCAAUACCAAAAACUCCACCAACAGCACCACCACCGCAUCUAGGGCAUUACGUCUAACACGUAGGCAUUCAUCAGAUUCCAAUCUGAAAGCAUCACAAACUUCUAAGAGAGUUUCAUCAACUACUAGCACCACUAAAAGUUCGUCUAACGAUAAGAAUAAGUCGAAAAAGAAGGUGAUCACUGACAGAACAUCAUCAACAACCGCGGCAAAUAAGCGCAAUGUGAAGUCGACGGGUAUCGACGGUAAUAAGUCCAAGAGUAGCAAACAACAACGAAGCACAAAAGGCCGUUCUGCAAACGACAAAGCUCAUAAAGGGACCACUGCCGACGUGACAACAAAGGUUGACAGCAGAGGUGCUGAGCAGAAAUUGGUGAUGAAGAAGAAGAAUAAAAACGAUUUGUCGAUUCGUAAUGAAGGGAACGUAUUGGUGGUUGAUAGUGACGACGAGCAUUUUUCGUUGCCGUCAUCGUCUAACGAAAGUGAACCACAAGCUGCAUCAUCGUCUCGCAAAUCACGUGGCAAACCCACUCAUUACGUGUCCACUCUUAGUGAUCAACGUCCACUGAUGUCAUCGUCCCCGUCGCCGUUACCGAGCUACCCAAUGCACCCGACAACAUAUGCCGUCAGAAGUGAUCGUCAGCUGAACACAUCGUCUGAUGAUGUGCGUGCAUCAACUAGCGCAAUCACCCCUCAAACAUUUUCGUGUGUUUUGGUGCCACUCUCACCUACCUCAGUAAUUUCAUCCUCAUCAACAACAACAGCAAGCCCUCGAUCAAUGACCACAUCACAGUCGAGUGGACGCAGUCAGAUUGUCGGCACCACAAGAGGUAUCAAUGUGCAGCCGUCUACUUCGCAGAAGUCAUUUUCGUCGGAAGAUAUCCGUGAUCGUUAUGUUAUGACAACAAGCUCAUCAACUAUAAACAACAGACAGCGGCUAAUAACCAGCGGUCGUUCCUUACCUUCAACAUCCUAUAGACUGGUGGCAACAUCACAGUCUACUAGUGGUGUUCGUCAGCAUAUUUCGUCCGGUGCUACAGCAGCUGGCUCAACGAUUCCAGUGCAACGUCGUCUAGUAGUGGUAUCGCGUAGCUCUAGUUCACAGCCUGUUAGUGUGAUUAAUGCUCAGCAAGCAUCUACAUCAUCAUGUCGACCUUCGUCGAAUAUCCGGGUUAUCUCGACAGCAUCUGGUUCAUCAUCGUAUCGAGUUCUCAGCGCGGCACGUUCAAGCGCCUCACCAUCUCUUCUCUAUCAGAGACAACAACCCUCUUAUUUCGUUACAAGUGGAACGGGCAGUGAUGGAGUAGUAUCAGACGGACGACGCGCAAGACUGCCGUCAAUAUCAUCCCAAGGAGGUGGUUAUACGAAACCGUCGUUGGGUGAUUACGAACGCCCGCGAUUGUUCUUUCGUAAACGUGCAUCCGUACCACAACAACAAGCUCAGAGUUCAUCAGAGGCGGAUGAUCGUGCAUCGUCGAGUGGUAAUGUAGUGCACAUGAGUGCGACAGACAGCGAUCACAAUGCUACAAAUGAUGUUGAUGUUAAUGCGAAUACAGAAACGGGUGCAUCUUAA